UGUCCGUGCGGGCUGCAAACUAACAUGCUCACUUUGUGAGUCAAACAAAGUGAAAGAAGAUGAAGAUGCUGCUGGGUGCUUUACUGGUGAUAUGGACCACCAGUCUGUCUGCACUGGACCAAGAGGACCAGUUCCAAAUAGGAGACAGUGACGACCUUGAUGACUUUGAUUUGGAUGUUGCUCCACGCAGAGUCCCACGGCAGGUGAAGAACAUCCUCACCAAGGAGACGAAGCCUCACAUCCAGGAGCUGACCAUCAAAACCACCAUCCUUUCCCGCUACGCCUUCACGGCGGUACGCUGCGUCAUGCUCAACCGGCACGCCACCGCCGCCGAGGGCCUCUUCCACUUCCACGUCCCUGCCGGCGCCUUCGUGUCCAAUUUCACCAUGAUCGUCGGAGGGCGUGUCUACCAGAGCAGGGUCACGCCGAAGGAGAGGAGAAAGGGCAAGCAGGCCGGCGACAAAGCUCGGAAGUCAGGUGACGCCAGCCCAGAGCAGGAUGUGGAGGUGUUCCGCAUGACAGCCAGCAUCCCGGGUCGUAAUCGUGCCGUCUUUCUGCUCGCCUACGAGGAGCUGCUGCAGCGCCGCCUUGGCCGCUACGAGCAUGUCACCAGCCUCCGGCCGCUCCAGCUUGUGAGUCGCCUCAGCGUGGAUGUCACCAUCGUGGACCAUUCGCCUGUCACCCACCUGGAGGUGCUUCCUCUGCGCGGGGCCAACUCGCCCAGGACGCCAGCCAAGCCUGAGCCUCCUGUCACCACUGCCAUCCAAAGAGAGAAAAACGUCUGCAAAGUCACCUUCAGUCCAAAUAUCGUCCAGCAGGCCAAGAUCACCACCAACGGCAUCCUGGGAGAUUUUGUUGUCCGCUUUGACGUCCAGAGAGACAUGGGCGUCGGGGACAUACAAGUUCUAAACGGCCACUUCGUGCACUACUUUGCACCGAAAGACCUCCCUGUGGUGCCAAAGAACGUGGUGCUUGUGAUCGAUACCAGCGCCUCCAUGCUGGGCACCAAGAUGAGACAGACUAAAGACGCCCUGUUCACCAUCCUGAGGGACCUGCGAGCUGUGGACCGCUUCAACUUCAUCAGCUUCUCCAACAAGAUCAAAGUUUGGAAGCCCAGCGGCCUGGUCCCCGUCACGCCCCUCAACAUCAGAGACGCCAAGAAGUUCAUCUACACGUUGGUGCCCACUGGAGGCACCAACAUCGACGGCGCCAUCCAGACCGGCUCGGCUCUCCUUCGCGACUACCUCUCAGGUCCCGAGGCCAACCCCAACAGCGUCUCCCUCAUCGUCUUCCUCACAGACGGACGCCCCACGGUGGGCGAGUCCCAGUCCACAGCCAUCCUGGGAAACACCCGCUCGGCUGUACGGGAGAGGUUCUGCAUCUUCACCAUCGGUAUCGGCAACGAUGUGGACUACAAACUUCUGGAGCGCAUGUCUCUGGAAAAUUGCGGGAUGACCCGACGGAUUCACGAGGAGGCCGACGCCAGCGCCAUGCUCAAAGGGUUCUACGAUGAGAUCGGAACGCCGCUGCUGUCGGACAUCAGGAUCAACUACACGGAGGACUCUGUGGAGUACGUCACGCAGCAUCUCUUCGCCAACUACUUCAACGGCUCAGAGUUGGUCGUGGCCGGCAAACUGAGCAACCGCAGCGCCCAGUCACUUCACGUGCAGGUCACGGCCAGCAACGACGACAAGACCGUCGUCCUGGAGUCAGACGUGCCGCUGUUGAGCCAACAGUCGGAAACAGAGAAGCAUGUGAAGGCGGCGGCAGCUAAAAGCCCAGGCCUCACACAGGGAUGGGGCGACACUUUGGGUGGGAUGGCGGGGGACUUUGUCGAGCGGGUGUGGGGUUUCCUGAGCAUCAAGGAGGGGCUGCACUCACGCCUACGAAGCCGAACCAACAGGGAGAGAGAAGAGCAUGUCCAGCAGGCAACCAAUCUGUCUGUGAAGUACCACUUCCUCACCCCCCUCACCAACAUGGUGGUGGACAAACCCGAGGUGUUGGCAGACGGCACCAUGGCGCCCACGCCCACCAUCACGCCAAACACUGGCAACGAGCUGCUGGGUGACGAAGUGGAGGGACAGUUGCAGAGAGAAGAUGGCAGACAGAGUUCAAGUCAUAGCAACAAUAUUGGUAAAGUCGCGAAGAAACCCGCCAAGAAGUCUGUCACUAUCUCCAAAACAUCAGCGGACGGCGACCCUCACUUUGUGGUGGACUUUCCUCUCAGCAAGAUGGCUGUCUGCUUCAACAUCAACGGCGAGCCGGGAGACGUCCUUCGCCUUGUUUCCGAUCACAAGUUCUCCGGCGUGACGGUGAACGGUAAACUCAUUGGUGCCCCUCCCCCACCCAACAGCCACAAGCACCAGCGCACGUACUUCAGCACCAUCACCAUUGUGGCGGACCAGCCCAGGCGUGCCUACGUCGAGGUGACGCCCAACAAGGUCAUCCUGGAUGGGCGGGACCGCCUGGUGCUGCCCUGCCACUCCAGCAUCUCCGUGGACAGCGGUGGUCUCUCGGUGGCCAUCGUUGCCAUGUCCAAUGUGACGGUGGGCAUCGGCGGAAACAUCAGCUUUGUGAUCCUGCUGCACCAAUACAAGAACCCUGCCCCUUACCAGAAAGACCACCUGGGUUUCUACAUCCAGAACAGCAAGGGGCUGUCACGUGGCUGCCACGGCCUGCUGGGUCAGUUCCUGUUCGAGGAGGUGGGACUCGCAGAGGGAGAUCCAGCAGACGAGGACGGGAAGCUCCUGAAGGUGGGGGGCCGCUCGGUGCCGGUGGUGCGCAAGAAGCGGCGCAUCUAUGGCGGCGCUCAGAGCGUUGACUGCUGGUUCGCCAGGAACAACGGCGCCAAGCUCAUAGACGGCGAGUACCGGGACUAUGUGGCGCCGCACAUGUUUGACACGGGGGAGCGGCCGCACAGAGCGUGAAGCCCCGCCCCCACACGCACCAUCAGUCCACUAUGAGGUACAAUUCCAGUUGCACUGUUUAACUCCACCCUUUUGGUACAAUACCUCUUCUGAAGAGUGCCAAAAAGUCAUAUGGACCAGUUCUUUUGGUACCCUUAUGGAUUUUUAUUACAUAUAUUAACGGU